AUGGCGCCCCGGGGGCCCCCGCGCGCCCCGAAGGGCCCCGGCCCCGCCGCCCGCGCCCCGCGCCCCGGGGCUCCGCCGCCGCCGCCGCGUUCUCCGCGCUCGCGGCCGCUCCUGCUGCUGCUGCUGCUGCUGGCCGCCUGCGGGGCGGCGGGGCGCUCCCCCGAGCCCGGGCGCCCGGGUCCCCGCGCGGUGCUGACCCGGGCGCCGCCGAGCCCGCCCGCGGGGCGCGCGCUGCCGGGCGGCGGCGGGGACCGGCGGGCGCGCGGCGCCGAGCCCGGCGCCCCGGGGCUCGGUCCGGCGCCGGGUCCCGGCGAGGACGGCGCCCCCGCCCCGGGCCGGGGGCGCCGGGCGCGAGCGGCGCCCGGGGCCGGGGCGGCUUCUCGGGCGCAGGUCUCGCUCAUCAGCACCUCGUUCGUGCUCAAGGGGGACGCGACGCACAACCAGGCGAUGGUGCACUGGACGGGCGAGAACAGCAGCGUGAUCUUGAUCCUGACGAAGUAUUACCAUGCCGACAUGGGGAAGGUUCUGGAAAGUUCUCUGUGGCGGUCCUCGGACUUCGGGACGUCCUACACCAAACUCACCCUGCAGCCUGGCGUCACCACGGUCAUCGACAACUUCUACAUUUGCCCGACCAACAAGAGAAAGAUCGUCCUGGUGAGCUCCUCGCUCAGCGACCGCGACCAGAGCCUGUUCCUCAGCACGGACGAGGGGGCCACCUUCCAGAAGCAGCUCGUCCCCUUCGCGGUGGAGACUCUGAUUUUUCACCCCAAGGAGGAGGACAAGGUUUUGGCCUACAGCAAGGAGAGCAAGCUGUACGUGUCAUCGGACCUGGGGAAGAAGUGGACGCUGCUGCAGGAGCGCGUGACCAAGGACCACGUGUUCUGGGCUGUGUCUGGGGUGGACGCCGACCCUGACCUGGUGCACAUAGAAGCGCAGGACCUCGGAGGAGGGUUUCGCUACGUGACCUGCCACGUCCACAACUGCUCGGAUUCGGCGCCGGCGGCCUCGUUCCCAGGCCCCAUUGACCACAGUUCUCUGACCGUGCAGGACGAUUACAUCUUCCUGAAGACGACCUCCACAAACCGGACCAAGUAUUACAUCUCUUAUCGUCGCAACGAAUUCGUCCUGAUGAAGCUUCCAAAGUACGCACUGCCCAAGCACCUGCAGGUCAUCAGCACAGACGAGAACCAGGUGUUCGUGGCGGUGCAGGAGUGGUACCAGACCGACACCUACAACCUGUACGAGUCGGACGCGCGCGGCGUGCGCUACUCACUCGUGCUCGAGGACGUGCGCAGCUCCCGGCGGGCGGGCGACGGCGUGCUCAUCGACAUCCUCCAGGUCCGAGGGGUGAAGGGGGUCUUCCUGGCGAACCAGAAAACCAAUGGGAAGGUGGUGACACUUAUAACCUACAACAAGGGCCGCGACUGGGAUCGCUUGAGGCCGCCCAGCAUGGACAUGAACGGAAAACCAACCAACUGUGAGCCCCCGGACUGCCACCUCCACCUGCACCUGCGAUGGGCGGACAACCCCUACGUGUCAGGCACCGUGCACACGAAAGACACUGCCCCGGGCCUCAUCAUGGGCGCAGGUAACCUGGGCUCGCAGCUGGUGGAAUAUAAAGAGGAAAUGUACAUCACGUCGGACUGCGGGCACACCUGGCGGCAGGUGUUCGAGGAGGAGCACCAUGUCCUCUACCUGGACCACGGCGGCGUGAUCGCAGCCAUCAAGGACACCUCCAUCCCCUUGAAGAUCCUCAAGUUCAGCGUGGACGAGGGCCUCACGUGGAGCACGCACAACUUCACCAGCACCUCCGUGUUCGUGGACGGGCUGCUGAGUGAGCCGGGGGACGAGACGCUGGUCAUGACCGUCUUCGGCCACAUCAGCUUCCGCUCGGACUGGGAGCUCGUCAAGGUGGACUUCCGGCCGUCGUUCUCCCGGCCGUGCGGCGAGGACGACUACAGCGCCUGGCACCUGAGCGACCUGCAGGGUGACCGCUGCAUCAUGGGCCAGCAGAGAAGUUUCCGGAAGAGAAAGCCCACAUCCUGGUGCGUCAAGGGGAAGAGCUUCACGUCUGCGCUGGAGUCCCGGGUGUGCCGGUGCCGGGAGUCGGACUUCCUGUGCGACUACGGAUUUGAGCGCUCUCCCUCCUCGGAGCCUGAUGCCAACAAGUGCUUUGCCAACUUCUGGUUUAACCCCCUGUCCCCGCCGGAUGACUGUGUCGUGGGCCAGGCCUACACCAGCAGCCUCGGGUACCGCAAGGUGGUGUCCAACGUGUGUGAGGGCGGCGUGGACCCGCGGCAGAGCCCGGCGCAGAUGCAGUGCCCGCUCGCACCGCCCCGGGGCCUGCAGGUCAGCAUCCGCGGCAGGGCGGUGGCCGUGCGGCCCGGAGAGGACAUCGUGUUCGUGGUGCGGCAGGAGCAGGGUGACGUCCUGACCACCAAGUACCAGGUGGACCUUGGCGAUGGCUUCAAGGCCACGUACGUGAACCUCACGUUGACGGAGGAGCCCAUCCGGCACCGCUACGAGAACCCUGGCGUCUACCGCGUGUCCGUCAGGGCGGAGAACACGGCGGGGCGUGACGAGGCGCUGCUCUUUGUCCAGGUCAACUCACCCCUGCAGGCCCUCCACCUCGAGGUGGUUCCCGUCGUUGGCGUCAACCAGGAGGUGAACCUCACAGCCGUGCUGCUGCCCCUGAACCCCAACCUCACCGUCUUCUACUGGUGGAUCGGCCACAGCCUGCAGCCCUUGCUCUCCUUGGAGAACUCUGUGACCACGCGGUUUGCGGACACAGGGGACGUGCGGGUGACGGUGCAGGCCGCCUGCGGGAACUCGGUGCUGCAGGCCUCCAAGCUGGUCCGCGUGCUGGACCAGUUUCAGGUAGUGCCUCUGCAGUUCUCCAGGGACCUGGAUGCGCACAACCCCAACACCCCCGAGUGGAGAGAGGACGUCGGCCUGGUGGUGACCCGGCUGCUCUCCAAGGAGACCAGCAUCCCCGAGGAGCUGCUGGUGACCGUGGUGAAGCCAGGGCUGCCCACCGUGGCCGACCUGGCCGUGCUCCUGCCCCCUCCUGGGCCCACAAGGAAGAGGAGCCUCACAAGUGACAAGAGACUCCUGGCCAUCCAGCAAGUGCUGAAGGCACAAAAGAUCAGCUUCCUUCUUCGAGGCGGGGUCCGGGUCCUGGUGGCCAUGAGGGACACAGACACAGAUUCCCAGAGGCUGGGAGGCGGCGGCGGCUACUGGGCGGUGGCGGUCCUCGUGGUCAUCGGACUCUUCGCGGUGGGCGUGUUCAUCCUCUACAAGUUCAAAAGGAAACGCCCGGGCAGGACCGUGUACGCCCAGAUGCACAAUGAGAAGGAGCAGGAGAUGACGAGCCCCGUGAGCCACAGCCAGGGCGUCCAGAGCGCCAUCCAGGGGAACCACUCUGGCGUGGUCCUGAGCAUCAACUCCCGAGAGAUGCACAGCUACCUGGUGAGCUGAUGUCCCCUGCGGCCCGCGCCCCGGACACGCUCCUCCGCGCCGGUGCUGGGACCCGCGGCCCCUCAGAGACCUGCGGGCGCGCCGCCUCCUCCAGCGACAGAUGCCCCCUCCCCUCAGCUCACGCCCGCACGGGGGGGCCGGACCCCCGACCCCCCGGACACCCGGCCCACGGCGCCACCUGCCGCUCCCAGCCCGACUGGGCACUUCUCUGUCCCCGGACCCCGCGUGGCUGCUCCGGCGGCUCCACGCCCCGAGGCCCGGCCACCCUGGAGACGGGGAGGUGCGAUGCCCGUCACUCUGCCCCGGGGGCCCCUGUCCCCGCACGGGGACCCCGGAGCCCUGCUGUCUGUCUUCAUAACCCCGAGGAGGGCGGCUCCUACCUGCAUGGCCUCCCUCUGCGGGGGCCGCCCCUGCACAGUCCAGAAAGCCUGUGACCCAGACCCCACCCCUGCCCCGGCCUCCUAACGCUCCGCUGUCCGCCUCUUUCUAAACUGCAGAUAAUGUAAAUACCUCUUUAGGUAGCCGUUUGCGUUCCGGGGGUGGGGGUUCAGCUUUUCGCUCUGUGGUCAGGCUGCAGCCAUCUGGGUUGCUUUGUCAGAGCCCCCCUUCUCGGGUCCCUUCUUUUAGUGGCCAGCUCGGCCCCUCUGCCUCCAUCCCCCGCCCCGGGGGUCCAGAGGGACAGAUGCUCUGACGGCUUUGCCCCCUGGGGCCCGGGGCCUGCACUUCUGCAGCCAGCCAGCAGGUGGCAGGCUCCGCAGGCUCCCUGCCCCGCCCCCUCCCCGCCGGGGUCUCUGCCUCCCCUCGGCCCGGGGCCUGGCGGGGGGGGCCCCCGGGAGAAGGAGGGCCCCGUGCUUCCUUACAGCUGGGCGAACCCGGGUAGGAGCCGGGGACCAGAAGAGGUUUCCAGAUGGCAGAACUGAAGGGGCCCCCUAGGAGUGUGCCCCUCCUUCAUUUUGAAGAUGGAGAAAUUGAGGCCCAGAGGGGGUGACUUUACCAAAGUCACACAGCAAGACAGUGGCAGAGGUGCCCCAGGGACCAGCCCUCUGUGCCCCGGUGCAGUGAGUCCACUCAGUCACAGAUGCCUAGAAUCAGGGACUAGCCGAAGUCUACGUGUGAAUAUAUGGGGUGGGGGUGGGGGGUUCACCUUUUGCCUUGAAACCGGAAGUCAGUAUUCUCCUCCCUCCAGCCCUCCCCCGCUCCUUUAUUCUCCCUCCUCCACCCUCUCCAAUCCCGCCCUCCUCAUCCCUGCCCCCAGCUUCCGUCCCAGGCAGGGCUCUCGGCCGCCCAGGGUCCUCCCCUAGGAGGUGGGGACCCCAGGGCCCGGGCUAGCAGCUCACUGGCUGGUGUUGAGUGCAGACUGAAGCCUGGGGGGCAGGGGAGACCCCCAGAUGAGCCCUCACACCCACAACAGCCCCCCCCACACACAGGAGUCCCUCAGUCUUUGUGUGUCACAAAUAGGGUCUUUGGGACCACGAGGAGGAAGGGGUCCCUGUGUGUCACCCACCAGGUGGUGGGGGCAUCCUUCUCCCCAGGCCGCCUGCCCACCUGCUGGGGCUCCUGAGCCCUCCCCCCCAAGGUCACCCUGGGGAAGGGCUGGAGCCCAGGGACAGGGGGUGUGGGAUCCCCGGCUGGGACUCUCUGGACGUUUGCCACCACCCCCCCCCAGCCUGUUUGCAGCCUUCAGACACACCUUAGGGAGCCCUGUGUCCCACCGGCCACCCCCACCCUGCCCGCCCCAUUGAGCAUCAGAAACACAGGGUCAGACACCUGUCAGCACCACCCAGAGCCAAGGUCAAGGUCAGCAUGAGUCCCCUGGACACAGUUCCCCCCGCCUAGCUCACCAGUGCCUGCAGGUGACUACCCCUCUGACCUUCCUUGACCACUCACCUUCAUUCUCUCUGCUGUUUGGGUCAGGUUUUUGUUCCCCUUAGUUAUUUGUGUUUUUCUUGUAUUUUAUGUUAUUCUUUCUAUUCAGAGUAUUUUGAGAGUGUGGACCCCAGAGCCUGGGGAUAAGGCGGCAUCUGACAUAACCGUAUACUUUUCCAUCCCCAUAACCAUAUAGAUCCGCAAGUAGGUCUGUGGGUUCCCGGGUUAUACAUUGCGGUUCCACGAAUUUGCUGCACAGGUGUGUGCGGCCGGGCGCCUGGGGGAGGUGCGGUCUGGGCUGUGCCCAUACUUGGGACAUAACGUAACAAGGAUGCGAAAAAUUCUUUCUUAUUUUUCCUUUUUAAAAAUCAAUAAAUCAUUUGUGAUGCUUUUAACAUAUUAAAUGAAUGUAAUCAGC